CCCUCCCCUCCCCUCCCCUCACUUUCACCCUCGCACGUCAAUCGUCGCUACCUGUUCCAACCUCUGCCUAGCCAACACGACCAACGAACGACGCCGCUACAGCGCUGCAACAGUCUUUGUCUGUACUCACACUGCACUGUAGCGCUGUCCCGGUUGGCACAUCCUCGCCCCUGCUGCUGCCUGCCUGGCUUGCGCCCGAGUCUUCCAUUCUGAUCGAUCCGCUCGCUCGCCUGCUUCUGCCUCACUCACGCCUCACCAUCCAGGCACAGUGCGCCCGCAACGCCUCAUCUCUCCCUCGCUCCCUCCCUCCCUCCGCUGCUUCGUCCGCUGGCCACGCCACCGCAUCCCCCCUCCACUCCACUCCCCUCUUCCGCCGCCCGUCUUCCCUCCCUCCCCCCCCCCCAAGCCACACACACUCGCACACCACCAACACCAGCCAGACGGGGUUGAGCGGGUGGGCUCGACCAAGCCUGUGCGCCCCCAUCUCUCAGCGCCUGUCGUUCCCCAACCGCAGUCCUCGUUCCCCCCGUACUGCACUGACUGCCUGCCACCCGACACGCCUCCUCCUCCUGCUGCUGCUCCUCCUCCUCCUCCUCCUGAUUAAUCCCGCCCAUCGUUCUCCAGCCCGUCCUCUCUCAGCUCUUUCGCCUCGAAUGACUUGGUCGCUUCAUCACCGUCUCUGUCCCUCCUCGACUGGGCGUCGCUUCACUGCUGACGCCGACGCGGUUCGCGCUACCCGCCAGCCCAGCUUUUAAACCCUACCCAUCCAUCGCCUUCGCUGUGACCCCGGAUUGCCUCCGCACUCGGCACGCGACCGACCGCCCAUCAUGGCAGGCUUCCUCAACAAGAUCAAGAGUGCCGGCUCGGCCACCACCACCCAGCCGGCCAAAGAUGCCCUUCAGAAGAAGAAGGACGACAUCGUCCAUGAAGUGACCCCGCUAGAGAAGAUGCUGCAGAAUGCGGGCCCGCUGCGCGAGGAUGGCAGCGACCGCUUCUAUGGCUUUGAGAAUUUUGGCAACACUUGUUACUGCAACUCUAUCGUCCAAGCGCUCUUCUACUCCGACCUCUUUCGCGACAACGUCGUCGGGUACCCGCCGUUCUCGCCCGCUGGGACCCCCAAUGGCACCAACCCCAAAGUCCACGUUACCAUUAGACCGCCCAUGAACCCGACGUUGCCGGCGCCGCAACAGAAGCAAAAGGUGCCGUCGACAGCCCAGGUAUUAAAGCAGAGGCAGGCCAUCAAUGCCGGCCAACCCGUGGGUGGUCAGGCCGCCGUCAAACCCGAGGACAAGCCCGACACCCCCGAAUACAAAAAGAAGCAGGCCAUGCUCAAAGGCCCCAUCCUGGAGCUAGCGCAGGAGAAUGCCGUGGCUUACGGCAUGGAUGAAUGCACCUUCACCGGGCUCAAGGACAUCUUCCUCGCCCUCCUCGAGAGCAACACCCGGACCGGCGUGUUGAGCCCGCAGCGAUUCCUCGAGAUCUUCAAACGCGACAACGAGAUGUUCCGAAACUCCAUGCAUCAAGAUGCCCACGAGUUCUAUGGCCUAGUCCUGAAUGACGUUAUUGCCAACGUCGAAGCGAAUGCGCGUCGGAUCCAGGAUGACGACGUCAGGCGGCAGAAUGGGCUGUUCCAGUCGGUGGAGAACGCGCUCGGCACCCUUGCCGUGAACAACGCCACUGGCUAUCGAUCACCUGGCACGGGCUGGGUUCACGACAUUUUCGAGGGCGUCCUGACCUCGGAGACCAAGUGUUUGACGUGCGAGACGGCGUCGCAGCGCGAUGAGACAUUCCUCGACCUCUCCAUCGACCUCGAGGAGCACUCCUCAGUCACGUCCUGCCUGCGCAAGUUCUCCGCCGAGGAGAUGCUCUGCGAGCGGAACAAGUUCCACUGCGACCACUGCGGCGGUCUGCAAGAGGCGGAGAAGCGCAUGAAGGUCAAGCGGCUACCCAAGGUGUUGACUCUGCAUCUCAAGCGCUUCAAGUACACGGAGGACUACAGCCGGCUGCAGAAGCUGUUCCACCGGGUCGUGUACCCCUAUCAGCUGCGCAUGUUCAACACCACCGACGACGCAUCGGACCCUGAUCGCCUGUACGAGCUGUAUGCGGUCGUGGUCCACAUCGGCGGCAACGCCUACCACGGUCACUACGUCUCCAUCAUCAAGACCAAGGACCGGGGCUGGGUCCUGUUCGAUGACGAGAUGGUGGAGCCCGUCGACAAGCACUUUGUGCGUAACUUCUUUGGAGACAAGCCCGGCAUGGCAACGGCAUACGUUUUGUUCUAUCAGGAGACGACAUUUGAGAAGGUCAGGGAGGAGCAGGAAAAGGAGGGCAUGGAAGAGGUGAAGCUGGCGACCCAGGCCGCCAACGUCGCGCAUGAAGACAGUGACAAGGCGGACACGGCUCCGCUGAAGCGACAAGCCACGCACCCCACGCCACCAGCUCCGGAGCCAGAAACCUUUUCGAAACUGGCACACGCCCAGACCGCCCCAGACCUGUCGAGUGCACCUCCAGCCACCGAGGCCGCUCCUCCAAGCCCCGCCGUCCCCCCCGUGCCCGCCUUGACGAGGACGCCCACAUCGAAGCAGGAUGCGAAGAGCAAGGAUGACAAGAAGCGCGAAAAGAAGGAACGCGAAGCGGCAGAAAAAGCAGCCAAGCUGGCCGAAAAGGAGACGCAGAAGCAGGCCAAGGAAGCUGAAAAGGAACGUGAGAAGCAGCUCAAGGAGGACGAGAAGAAGCGGCGGGAGGAGCAGCUCAAGAGAUUCCAGGCACACAGGACAGAGCAGGAUGAGCUCCAAAAGGUGCUCGACGAAAGCAGGAAGACGGCGGCCAAGGAGGACCAGGCCCGGAAGAAGGAGACAAACGGCAAUAGCAACGGCAACGGCACCGUCGGGGCCAUGGCGGGCAUCCUCGACCGGUCCAAGCGCGGCAGCAAGUCCAUGUCCAAGAAGAGCUUCAGCUUCUUCCACAAGGACAAGGCGGGGGUGGACGCGACGACGGAGGGGAGCGACAGCGGCGAGCUGCCCGAGAAGCAAGAGAAGAAGGGCCGCCUCAGCAUGGGCAUCGGCCGGAAGAAGAGCAGCGGGCUGCUGUCAUGAGCCAUUGGCGACGCGAAUGGUUCUUUUCUUUUUCGGACCUGUACGAUUUCAUGACGGAGGAUAUAUUGUGCUGUUUGUUGGCCUCUGCGCAAGACAUGGCAACUGGAGCGACACUCGGUUUUUUUGCGACCUGGCGGCGACGAGGGCUCGCCGACUGCUUGCCGCCGCGGAGGGCAGGCGUUUGAUUUUUGUGGCACGACUCGACGGGAUGAGACUUGAUGGCUGCGCCGCGGUUUUUUGAGCGACGGUGCUGGGCUAAUAUAUUGCUACAUGGCGGCGGCGUCGCAGCAUCAGGCGUGUCAUUUCAGUUUACAUUAUAAUAGCUUUCUACCAGGUCUCACAUUGAGAAAUGGGGAACCCGCACCGGAUCGUGAGCCCGCUGUAGUCGAUUGGCUGUCGGGAGACGAGUCGUGGUGACCUCACAUGGACCUUUGCCUGCACCAACACCCGUCAAUCCUUGC